UAUUUUAUUGCAGAGAAAGAAAAGCCAUGCGGACAGUUAUGGGAGAAACCAGAGGCAGAAUUAAAGGGGGAGCUCUUCUCUUCUCUUCCCCUCCCUGGUUGGUUUUAGAAGCAAAACUAGCAAUCACCGCCAUUAGUCCCGGACCUCGGAAGGAUCACCUAGCUGCUACUUAAAAAACACAAAAUUAUCCAUUCCUCUUCUUUCAAUUUCCAAGUUAACUCUCUUUUUCAAAAUUUCUCCCUUUUGCGUGCUCUUUUUUAAUCACCAGGAUUAAUUCCUGUUAACUCCAUUCUUGCAAUUUCCUUUUUUCUUUGGUUUGGAUCUCCGGAUUGUUUUACAAAUUAGGGUUUUCUUGAUUGCCUUUGGUUUUGAUUUGGGGGUACUAAUCCUGAUCUUGGUUUUCGUGUGAGCUCUGGAUCUUGGGCUCCCUUUGAUGAAUGAAUCAGUCUUCGAAUCUGAUAUUGAUGAAUCUGGAAUUGGUUGAGCAAAUAUGAUAUUUAUUUUAUGCUCUUUCUCUCCAAUUUUGGGUGUAAAUAUUAUGUUGUUACUAGUUAGUUCUAUCCCCACAGUUAUAUAGUUUUUGUACAAUACUUGGGGCAUAUAUAUAUAUAGAUUUACAUAAUUUAGAAAUCCACCUUUUUGAUUGUGGGUUUUAGUUAUUUGGAUUGAUCUUAAUUAAUCAUCUGAUAUGAAUAGAAUUGGAUUGAAUUGAAUUGGGAUAGUAGUUCUUGAUUUUGGAUCAUAGCUUUAGCUUAACUCAGCUUAGUUCAUCUGCUGGUCUAUGGGAAGAAUAUCAUCUGAUAGUUCAUUGCUGGAUUUUCUAGACAAGUUUAUAUCCUGGAUGUCUUUUGGAUACAAUAGUGACAUGAGUUCGGAUUCCGGUGGAUUUGAUAUGCUCGACAACAGCCUCGAUUUCGCAAUAUGCUGCUGCAAUUGUGCGGCGAAUGUGUCGAAAUCUUGCCUCAUGUACCACUGCCAGAAAUGUGGGAGGUUUCUAUGUGGUAAAUGUGUGCAAGAUCACCCCUCUUUCGACGUUGUAAUAAAGGAGGAGUCUCGAGAUUGCGUGUUUAGUAUCAGAUCAUGUAGAUUUUGCAUCAAGCUCGGCUCGGUUAGUCGAAGCCGUAGCAAAGUUUGCCCUGUCGAAUCUCCAAGACAGAGCUUCGAACCUCUGUCCCCGAGUUUUACUGGUGGGAGAUUCAAUGAUCAUCCGUCUCCACGAAAUGUUCGUCGCUCGCCUAGCAGCAGGUGCGACGAAGAUGAGGGAGAGGAUCGCGCCGCAACCCCAUCGAGCGAAUACUUUCAUGACACUUCCGAUGUAGAUUGUGUCCGUGGUAGCGCUAGAAAUGAAUUUUUUAGUCCUACGCCCGAUUCGAUGGCUGUUUUAGAAAAGCCUGAAAGUCGUAACGAAACUGGAAGUCUCAUUUGGUUGCCUCCACAGCCUCACAAUCUUGAUGAUGAUACAGAGUACAAUUUCUUUUCUUACAAUGACGACGAGGAUGAUGAUGAAUUCGUAACUUCGAACGCUUCCGUGCACGGGCACUUUAAAGAGCUCGUGUCGCAGCUUUUGCACGCGCAGGGCGUAAAUGUAAUUUCCGGCGAAGAGGACUGGCUGAGCAUAAUAACUUCAAUCGCGUGGCGAGCGGCGAGCUUUGUAAAGCCGGAUACUAGUGGAGGAGGUAGCAUGGAUCCUUGCGACUACGUAAAGGUCAAAUGUGUCGCGUCGGGAAGUCGUAGCGAAAGCAAGCUUGUGAAAGGAAUCGUUUGCACGAAGAACAUUAAGCACAAGCGAAUGACGUCGCAGUAUAAAAACACGAGGCUUAUGCUCUUAGGGGGAGCUUUAGAAUGUCAGCGCGACCCGAAUCAGCUGGCGUCGUUCGAGAAAUUGCUGCAACAGGAAAACGAUAGCCUGAGGGAGAUCGUAUCGAAGAUAGAAUCCCACCGUCCGAAUGUUCUGCUCGUCGAAAAAAGCGCGUCUUCGUUUGCGCAAGACCUGUUGUUGGCGAAAGACAUCUCGUUAGUCCUAAACGUUAAGAAGCCGCUAUUGGAGAGAAUCGCUAGGUGCAGCGGCGCCGUUAUUACGCCAUCGACCGAGCAUUUGUCGGGGGCGAGAUUGGGGCACUGUGAACUUUUCCAUUUGGAGAAGGUUCUGGAAGACCAUGAGCCCAUCAAUCAGUUCAACCGAAGGCCGUCGAAAACGUUGAUGUUCUUCGAAGGUUGUCCGAGGCGGCUAGGUUGCACGGUUAUAAUAAGGGGUUCGACUCACGACGAACUUAAGAAGGUGAAAAACGUGGUUCAGUAUGCCGUCUUUGCAGCUUAUCACUUGUCGUUGGAGUCGUCAUUCAUCGCCGACGAAGGCGCGAGGCUUCCGAAAAUUGGUUCGGAAGCUUCCAGGUUAGGUGAAGUUGCCGUCCCUCUUGUUAACGCGGGAUCGGCCGAUCUCAAUUUGGAGCUCGGAUUGCAGGAAUCCCUGCACGAGCUUGGGAAAGUGAGUUACGAAGAUGUUUCGACUACGCCCAAUGAAUUUCGGUACCGACAAGCCCUGUCCGAUGCAUGUAAGGAGAAUUUAGCGCUGAACUCGUCGCGCGACGAUGUCCAAAAUCGUACAGUAAUAGUCGACGAAGAUGUCGACAAAGCCUCGUCGAAUAGCCAGAGCAUAUUAGUGUCUUUCUCCAGCCAUUCCAUCGUCAACGAAACCAUAUGCGAACGCUCGCGUCUCCUUCGUAUAAAGUUCUACGGCUUGUCUGAUAAACCGCUUGGGAGAUACCUCAGGGAUGAUCUUUUUGCGAAGACAUCUCGAUGUCGAUCGUGCAAGGAAUCAGCUGAAGCCCACGCGAUAUGCUAUACUCAUCAGCACGGGAAUCUGAUGAUCAACGUACGACAACUAUCGUCAGCACACCUUCCCGGAGAAGACGACGGCAAAAUAUGGAUGUGGCACAGAUGCCUCAGAUGUAGUCAUAAAAAAGGAGUUCCGCCAGCGUCAAAACGAGUAGUUAUGUCGGACGCUGCGUGGGGUCUUUCGUUCGGGAAGUUUCUCGAGCUUAGUUUUUCGAAACAUGCGUCGGGAAACCGUGUCGCGACUUGUGGCCAUUCUCUGCAAAGAGAUUGCCUUAGGUUUUACGGGUUCGGGAGUACGGUCGCUUGCUUCCGGUACUCUCCGAUUAACAUCCUCUCGGUUCGUCUGCCCCCUUCAUUGCUCGAAUUCGGCAGUCCCGCAGCGCAGAGAUGGAUUAGAAAAGAAGCCGAUGAGCUCUUUAGCAAAGCGGAAGCCCUUUACGCCGAAAUCUCGGCUGCUCUUCAGGACAUCAGUGACCGAAGCUUAUUAUCUUCGACGUCCGAGUUCUAUGAUGUGAGCAUGCUGCAUAGCCAUAUUCUCGAACUACACAACACCCUUGCGAACGAAAGAAAUUCUUACAAUGAUUUGCUCCGAGUGGCUGAUGACGGGAUUUGGGAUCGAGACAUGGAUAUUCUCGAAAUUAAUCACUUGAGACAUUCGCUUCUAAUCGUUUCGCACGAUUGGGAUAGGCAGCUAUAUUUACUAGAUUCCCUUCUUCGACGAGUUUCGAGUCCGAAGUCCCCGAAAUCGGGUGAAUCUCCCGGCGAGGAAACGAAACCCGAGCAUAGUGAAGAAUCGGAUUUAAUUACAUCUUUGGAACGCGUUCGAUCAGCUGCGUCGACCCUGUCUGAUCAGAUAGAUUCUGCGUGGUCCGGUGCUGACCAGGCGCAAUCGAAUACCGAUUUGUCUGAAUCCGUCUCGGUCGGGAAAAUCUGUCGGAAAGACGGGCCGGCUUUCAGACGAAUUUUGGUGCCAACUCGAGUUUACUCUUUCGAUUCUGCUCAGAGGCUCAAAGAAAGAAGUAGAAAAAUACCGCCGUCCGGUUUCCGUCUCUCGACGCUUCGAUCGUUCCAUGCUUCGGGAGACUACAAGUACAUGCUGAGAGAUCCCGUCUCCGACGUGCAACAAAAUUACGCUCCGGCGCCGUCGUUUGUACCGCGGGCAUCUUUUUUACCCGAAGGAGCCCGAUUGAUGGCUGCACGAAACGGGAGUGUCAUAAUGGUGUACGACGACGAGCCCACGAGCGUAAUAUCGUAUGCGCUUUGUUCCGGCGAAUACGCCGAAUGGAUUUCCGAUAAGGCGAACAAUUCGACGCGGAAGCUGUCCGGGUCUCUUGAUUCGGCGGAAGACGCUUCCGAGACGCCUCAUUUUCGGAUAUUGUUCGAGGACGACUCUGGUUCAAAGGCGAAGUUCGCCGUGACGUGUUAUUUCGCGAAGCAGUUCAAUGGUCUGAGGAAUCGUUGCUGUCCGAGCGACGUCGAUUUCGUACGCUCGAUGAGCCGCUGCCGGCGAUGGAGCGCACAAGGCGGGAAGAGCAAUGUCUACUUUGCGAAGUCGUUCGACGAGCGGUUCAUAAUUAAGCAGGUGACAAAAACGGAGUUGGAUUCGUUCGACGAAUUCGCUCACCAGUAUUUCAGGUACUUUGCGGACGCUCUUACUUCCGGGAGCCCGACUUGUCUCGCCAAGAUUCUCGGAAUUUACCAGGUUGCGGUGAAAAACCCGAAAACCGGGAAGGAAACGAGGAUGGAUGUGAUGGUAAUGGAGAACCUAUUCUACGACCGAAACAUUUCGAAAGUGUACGAUCUAAAAGGGUCGGAGCGGUCGAGGUACAAUUCGGACACAACGGGUGCGAACAAAGUGCUUCUAGACAUGAACCUUCUAGAAGCACUGCGGACGGAUCCGAUAUUUCUCGGGAGCAAGGCGAAGAGGAGGCUCGAGAGGGCGAUAUGGAAUGAUACGUGGUUCUUAGCCUCGAUCGACGUGAUGGAUUAUUCGCUGCUGGUGGGAAUUGUCGACGGGGAGGAGAAGGAGGUGGUGGUGGGGAUUAUAGAUUAUAUGAGACAGUAUACUUGGGACAAGCAUUUGGAGACAUGGGUGAAGGCUUCGGGGAUACUAGGAGGGGCGAAAAAUGGUUUGCUGCCCACCAUUGUCUCCCCCAAGCAGUAUAAGAAGAGGUUCAGGAAGGCCAUGACUACAUACUUUCUUACAGUGCCUGAUCAAUGGUCCUCUUGAAGAAGAUGACAAGAUAGAUGGAUUCAUUUUGGAUUUGUUAGUUGUGAUUUUGUUUAAAUUAAUAUGGGAUCGAUCUUACUGAAUUGUUUUGAAUUUGGUAUUACAUUUGAUGGGAUAUUUUGUGAGAGGAAAAGAUGUAUUUUUUUUUUUUUUUUGGGUAACUCA